AUGUCCUCCAACAACGAGUCUCACACCGGCCCUGGUGGCUCGGAAGCCAUCAACACCGAAAUCAUCACUCUCACCAGAUUCCUUACCGAGGAGCAGACGAAACACAAGGAAGCCACUGGUGACUUUACUCUCCUCUGCCACUCCCUGCAAUUCGCAUUCAAGUCAAUUGCCUACUACAUCCGCCGUGCCUCAUUGAUCAACCUUUCCGGUCUUGCUGGCUCAGCAAACUCGACCGGUGACGACCAGAAGAAGCUCGAUGUCAUUGGCAACGACAUUUUCAUUUCCGCCAUGAGAUCAUCAGGUCGCGUGCGCAUCCUGGUGUCGGAGGAAGAGGAUGAACCAAUCGUCUUUGACGAGCACCCCAACGCCCGCUACGCCGUCGCUUGCGACCCCAUCGACGGUUCUUCCAACUUGGAUGCCGGUGUCUCGGUCGGAACCAUUUUCGGUAUCUACAAGCUCGCUGAGGGUGCUAAGGGCACCAAGGAGGACCUCCUCCGUCCCGGUACCGACAUGGUUGCUGCUGGCUUCACCAUGUACGGUGCCUCCGCACAGCUUGUCAUGACCAUGAAGGACGGCCCCGUCAACGGUUUCACCAUGGAUAGUGCUCUUGGUGAAUUCAUCCUGACCCACCCCAACAUGAAGAUGCCCCGCAAGCGUGGUAUCUACUCGGUCAACGAGGGUAACUCAUUGUGGUGGGAGGACCCCGUCAAGGAGUGGUGCGCUUCUAUGAAGCAGCCCGAGAAGGAGGGCGGCAAGCCUUACAGCGCGAGAUACAUUGGUAGCAUGGUUGCCGAUGCCUACAGAACUCUGCUGUACGGUGGUAUCUUUGCCUACCCUUCGGACAAGAAGUCGCCCAAGGGCAAGCUCCGUAUCCUGUACGAGUGUGCUCCUAUGGCCAUGGUCUUCGAGCAAGCCGGCGGUCAAGCAGUCAACAGCAAGAUGGACCGCAUGAUCGAAAUCGUCCCCGAAUCCAUCCACGACAAGUCUGGUAUCUUCAUGGGCUCAUACGAUGAGGUGCAAAAGGUCAUCGACAUCCACAACAAGUACAAGAAAUAA